UUGAAAAAUUCAAAGCAUCAAAAUAUCCUUUUGCUUGUGUAUCAGCAAGGAUCGUGUASUUUCCUUCUACAAAGUGAUAAACGCUCAAAAAAUAUAAUGGCGCUUACUAAGUGGGAUACAUUUACCUCAUUUGAAUUUGGCGCUCAAAACCACGCUAAUCAAAUUUGAAUUUGGCGGUGAAAAUAACUAAAUGAAAGCCACUURAGUGUCCUGUAUCACUUCACUCGAAUCARCGAAUACGUCCGAGAGAAGUGCGCGURAAGAUGUAUCGCUUACCGUUUCAAGAGAUUUUUCCUUGCGCAAAAAGCACGAAUCGUGUACCCUCGACAAACAAUCAAAACGAUGUGCUGGAGUUAGCAAGAGAUAUAAGAAGGUGGAUGUUUGUAUACUUAAAAAAGAGUGAGGAAUCUGUUGAAGUACCACUGCAAGGAGCCAACAAAGCGAUGGACCGGGAUCUCAACACGAGUAGUGGGGGAAGGCGGCAACGAGCGCAAUUAAAAUGGUUUAAAUAAAUAAAUAUUAUAAUAAAAAUGGAGAAACAAACAGUGAAAGAAUUGAAAGCUCUCACCAAAGAGCGAGGUAUCAAAGGCUACUACAAAUUACGUAAAGCCGAACUCAUCGAAGUGCUGGGUAAUACACCACGUAAUAUUGUCCCUAACACAUCAUCGAAUAUUCUUGAUGAACCGAUUCCUGAGAUUAAUGUCCCCAUUCUCAAACCUUCCCAACCCACAAGAAAAUCCCUUAUUCCAUCACUCAAACAUUUAGCAAACAGAGCAGCUAACCCAGUCAAGGAAGAAUUGAAUAAGUUUGCGGAUUGGAUUUUGUCCCACGUUCCCGAGUCCAUUAAAAGAACCGUUAAUAAACGAGUGGACAGUCUAAAGGAAAAGGUGAACGACCUAUUCAAGAGACUUGACCACUUUACACCCAAAGAACAACAAACGGCGUUGCGAGGGUAUCUAAAAACCUAUAGGAUAGAUGGACAGAAAGGGUAUGACCCCAAGACGUUCAUCAGCAAUAUCAAACCAAAAAUUAUGGAUCUUAUCAAGCAGCGGAAGAAACCUAUCAAGGUUAAGUUUAUCUUUACCUGUAAAUUCAUAAAAGAGAAUCCAGCUACUGGUCAGAUUGAUGAAAAUUCAGGAUACUUUCAUUCUUUAGUAGAAACCAUAACAGAGUCAACCGAUUUUUCUAACUCGUUUAAUACAAUGACAAAUCGCAUACUUGAAUCGAUUGAGCAAUUUCAAAACCGAGGCUCUGGGUGGCAGUUUAAUCAGGUUGAAUGCUUUGACAUUAACAUCAACCUUUUUAAUCCGCUAUCUGGAAGCUCAUAUAUUAAACUGCCAUCAGAAUUAGCAUCCAAGCAAGCAAUAAUUAACGUUAAGAACGAGAGGGAUCAUGAGUGUUUUAAGUGGGCGGUAACGACUGCUAUGUUUCCUAAGAAAAAAGAUCCUCAAAGACUAAAUAAACAACUGAGAGAAAACUCCAUGAAGUUUGACUGGACAGGUAUAGAAUUUCCCGUCUCCCUAAAACAGAUUGAUAAGUUUGAAAAGCAAAACCCCUACGCGAUUAACGUCUACGGUUAUGAAGGUGUGGUAUACCCUCUAAAAAUAAGUGAUAAACUUGAAUCGGUAGAGCAAUCUCAUGUGAUCAACUUACUUCUCAUAUCAAACGAUGAAACAAAUCACUACUGCUGGAUUAAAGACAUGAGUAGACUUUUAGCCUCUGAGUUUAACAAACAUAAAUCGAAAAGGCAUUUUUGUUAUAGAUGUCUUAACUCAUUCCAGUCAAAGACCGCCUUAGAAAAACAUUCUGAAUACUGCUCUAAAAAUGAAGAAGUUAAGAUUGAAAUGCCUAAAGAUAAAGAUGGGGAUCCUCUUUAUACAACAUUCAAGAACUUUAACAGAAAGAUGCGUGUCCCCUUUGUUGUCUAUGCCGACUUUGAGUGCUUUACAGAGAAUAUAGACACUUGCUCCCCAGAUAAUAGUAGAAGCUUCACUAAGCAAUACCAGAAGCAUAAACCAUCGGGCUUCUGCUAUUUUAUCAAGUGCUUUGACGACAACAUAUUUUCAUCCGAGCUUGUACGACGCACAGCCGAAUCCCCAGACGAAGAUAUCCCGCAGAUAUUUAUUAAAAAUCUAGAGUCAGACAUUAAGGACAUUUACAAUAAGUUCAAGUUCACUAAGAAGGUUAGUAAGAGUAAGAAGGAUACAAUUUCCUUUAAAAAUGCCACUCACUGUCACAUCUGUGAGGGUGAAUUAGGAGAAGAUAAAGUUUUAGAUCACUGUCACCUUACAGGGAAGUAUAGAGGAGCGGCCCACAACGAAUGUAACCUUCAAUACAGAAUUCCAAAAUUCUUCCCAGUUAUCUUUCACAAUCUAUCUGGAUACGAUUCACACCUAUUCAUCAAGAACCUUGGUAAAUCAAAAGGUAAAAUAAACUGUAUACCUAAUAAUGAGGAAAAGUAUAUUUCUUUCACAAAACAGAUUGUAGUGGACACAUUUACAAACAAAGAAGGCAAGCAGGUUGAUGUGAAACGAGACAUAAGAUUCAUUGACAGCUUUAAAUUUAUGUCAACCAGUCUUGACAGUUUAGUUAGUAAUCUGUCAACAGAAUCUUUCAAAAACCUCACAACUUACUAUGAAGGAGAACAAUUACAACUGUUGUUAAGAAAGGGUGUUUUUCCAUACGAUUGGUUCGGCGACUUCGACAAACUCAACGCAACCCAACUUCCACCAAAAGAAGCGUUCUACUCCAGACUCAACGACACUGACAUAUCAGAGGAAGAUUAUCAACACGCCCAAAAGGUAUGGGAAGCCUUUGAGAUGAAAACCAUGAGGGAUUACCAUGAUCUCUAUCUUGAAUCUGAUGUGUUACUGUUAGCCGACGUAUUCGAAAACUUCAGAAAUGUUUGUCUUGAGAACUAUGGUCUUGACCCAACCUGGUAUUACACAGCACCUGGUCUUGCAUGGGAUGCUGCUUUGAAGAUUACCAAGGUGAAACUAGAGUUGCUGACGGACUAUGACAUGCUGCUCAUGAUUGAGAAAGGUUUACGAGGUGGUGUGUCUAUGAUAAGCAAUAGGUAUGGAAAAGCAAAUAACCCCUAUAUGAAAGAGUAUGACCCUGAUCUUCCAACAAAGUAUAUCACAUAUCUUGACGCAAACAACUUAUACGGCUGGGCAAUGAGUAAACCUCUACCAACUCAUGGGUUUAGAUGGAUGACUGACCAAGAGAUAACAGGUUGGAAAAAUCACCCACGCAUCCUAGAGGUCGACCUGGAAUACCCCCUUCACCUACAUGACUUGCACAACGACUACCCGUUAGCUCCAGAGUCCGUUAAGGUCGAUAAGGUUGAAAAGUUAAUCCCAAACCUCAACAAUAAGACAAAGUACGUAGUUCAUCACGAGACCCUGAAACUUUACGAAAGCCUUGGACUAAAAGUCACCAAAAUUCAUAGGGGUAUCACAUUUGAAGAGUCUGAUUGGUUGAAGCCUUACAUUGACUUGAAUACCAACCUACGUGCAAAAGCAACCAACGACUUUGAAAAAGACUUUUUCAAGUUGAUGAAUAACUCAGUCUUUGGCAAGACCAUGGAGAACAUCAGAAACAGGGUCGACAUCCGACUUGUGACGAAUGAAACCCAAGCCAAGAAACUAAUAUCAAAGCCAAACUAUCAACAUCGCACCAUCUUUUGCGAAAAUCUAGCCGCCAUCCACAUGAAGAAAACAAAGUUGGUCUUUGAUAAGCCAGUUUACUUAGGCAUGUCCAUUCUAGACCUAAGUAAGACGCUAAUGUAUGGUUUUCAUUACAAUUACAUCAAGCCUAAAUAUGGUGAAAAGGCCAAGCUGUUAUUCACAGACACGGACAGUCUUGCCUAUGAGAUUGAGACAGAGGACUUUUACAAGGAUAUCAGCAAAGAUAUUCAAGCAAAGUUUGAUACCAGUAACUUUCCAAAGGAUCACCCAUCUGGUAUUGAGGUGGGUGUAAACAAGAAAGUCAUCGGCAAGUUCAAAGACGAAGCAGGAGGUCAGCAACUUACAGAAUUUGUAGGACUGAGAGCCAAACUUUACUCGUACAAGAUGGAUGAAGAUGAGGAAAAUGAAUGUAAUCAGAAGUCAUAA